AUGCCUGUGUCAAGCCCCUUGGCCAAGGUCCUGCAUAGGAUGCAGGCGCUCUUCUCCAAUAUUGUCGCCGCCCUGGAGACAAUGUUGUUGUUUCCCUCGCUAUUCCGUGAUCCUGCGCAUAGCGGACGGAAGCAUUCCCCAGCAGCUUUUUGGCGACGGCGGACUCUCAAUGCCUUUGCUGACGAGAUUGAUCGUCUCUUUUCAAAGCCUUUGACUCUGCGAAAUAUGAUGGCAAUGUCAGAGCAAAUUCGCGAGCAAUUUCGAACAGGUUUACAGUCAAGUCCGAUCUGUAUGCUGCCUUCAUACAACCAUGCCUUACCAUCCGGGCUAGAGGAAGGGACAUUUCUCGCUCUUGAUGUUGGCGGUUCGACGAUGCGGGUGGCUUUGGUGGAGCUGCGCGGACAAGGAAAAAUGGAAGUUCUCCGUGUAUCCUCGUCUCCGAUUGACAAUGAGGUGAAAUUGCUGGAGGGAACUUCAUUCUUCGACUGGAUGGCGGAAAAGAUCGAUGCGAUGCUACGUGAAGUGGGAACCAAAUAUGGCCGUGAAGACAUUCCUCUAUCCAUGGGCUUGUCAUGGUCUUUCCCAAUUGAGCAAACUUCCAUCAGCAGUGGACUGGUAAUUCAUAUGGGCAAAGGGUUCCUGUGCUCCAUGGGCACUGUUGGCCAGGAAUUGGGAUCUCUUAUCGUUCAGUCGUGCCAGAAGCGCAGUCUCAACGUUCAAGUGGAUGCGAUUGUAAAUGACAGCUCUGCUACUUUGCUCUCGCGAGCAUAUGUUGAUCCUGCAACACGCAUGUCUCUAAUUCUCGGUACUGGAACGAAUGUCGCCAUACAUUUCCCUGUUCAUGCCAUUGGGCUGGGCAAAUUUGGCACAAGACCGACCGGCUGGUUUGACUACGCCAAGCAUGUCAUCAUAAACAGCGAGAUGAGCAUGUUCGGCGGUGGUGUCUUGCCGAUGACGCGAUGGGACGAUAUUCUUAACCGCACCCACCUCAGACCAGACUAUCAGCCAUUGGAAUACAUGGCCACCGGUCGUUACCUCGGCGAAAUCGUCCGACUAAUCAUAGUCGAAGCUGUUGAUGCUGCUCACCUUUUCGGAGGAGAACUACCCCAUUCAAUGCGAGACGCCUAUUCAUUCGACACCAGUAUUGUUGCCUUUAUCGAAGCCGAUGCAUCGCCGUGUCUAUCAGCAUCGGCCGCACUUCUCCAGAAGGAGCAUGCUUUCACCAGUCCACCAUCCCCAGAAGACUUGCAAUUCCUCUUGCGAGUCUGCCGGACCGUUUCGAAACGAGCAGCAGGAUAUCUUGCAUCCGCAAUCCACAGCGUGUGGUGUCUACGUAACGAAGCCGAAUUUCCCGACGCUCCUCCUUCGCCGUCCUCAAGCAAGGUGCCUCGAGAAGUGACGGUAACAGAGAGCGGAAGUAACCCUGAAUGCUUGUCGAUCGCAUGCGACGGCAGCGUCAUAAACAAGUACCCCGGAUUCAGGGAUCGUUGUCAAACCUACCUUAAUCAGCUUACGCAGGAAACAAGCUCAUCCAAGGGGUCACAGUCCACAAAUGAAGCCCCUUGCAUUCGCUUGGACCCUGCACCAGAAAGCGCCAUUUUUGGUGCUGCGGUUGCAGUUGCAGUCGCUGUAGCUGAGAAGAAAUCAGAGCAGACGAUUCAUUGA